AUGGAAGAAAAGAACGUAUUUUAUGAAAAGCUAGAUGAAUAUUAUAAAUUGAAAUCUAAAAAAAAACCUUAUUCUAACAGUAGUAAAAAAUAUCGACGACAAUACUAUCUACUAUCUGCAUAUGAUGUAUUAAGUGUUGCAGAAGAAAAGUUUUUAAUACACAAACAAAAUGCAGCUGAUGAAAAAAUAAGGACAGUCAAAAAAAUACAAAUUGAACGUGUACUUGGACAUGAAGGUCAAAUUAUAGCUGCAGAGAAAAUGGUCAAAGGAAACAACAAAAAAACGGACGAUUUUGAAAUAAAUCAAUGUGUUGUAUUUGGAGUACCAAAAGUUGAUAUGGGGACCUACAGAUCCCCCAAACAUAAUUUGUGUGAUCACGGAACAAAAAAAAAAAAGGAUAACAUAAACUUGGAACAAAAUAUGGUUUACUCAAAGGAUGGUUCAGUAGCAAAAAAUCCUUGCCAAUCAAGUAGGUGUGCUUGUUUUAAAAAUAAUAUGCAAUGUAACAGUCGAUGUCAUAAUCAAUCGUCGUGUAAAAAUAAAUAA